AUACCCGGAAGCGAAUCGAGCCAAGUAAGGGCCGCACUUGAAGUGAAUGAGAAUUACAAACCUAGGUGUGUGAGGCUUAUGCAUUUUCCAGUGAUUUGCAUCAGAAGUGUUGACUUCUCAAGACUGAUCUUGCCUGAGAAUGAAGCCUGGAGGAAGAAGAAAAAAAGAGGCAUCCAGAAUGGCUCUUUCCCAGGGACUGUUGACGUUCAGGGAUGUGGCCAUAGAAUUCUCUCAGGAGGAGUGGGAAUGCCUGGACCCUGCUCAGAGGGCUUUGUACAGGGACGUGAUGUUGGAGAACUACAGGAACCUGGUCUCCCUGGAUAUCUCUGCUGUAUGUGUCAUCAAGCAAUUACCACCAAUAGAGAUUAUUGAUAAAGAAGCAUUAUUCCAUAUGGUGAUAUUGAAAGGACAUGAAAGCCAUGGCAUCAAUGAUUUUGACUCCAGGGAAGUGUGGGAAAAUAUGCAUGAGUUUGAAAGGCCGUGGGGAUAUGAUGAGAAAAAUUACAAAGUAGUGACUACAACCCAGAACAAAAAUCUCACUAGUAGAGAAGACCAACGACCCAGCAAAUCCUGGGAUAAUUUUCCUCUAAAGCAGAGUGUUUGGGUGGGAAAAAACAUAUAUCAGUACAUCAACCAUGAGAAGCCAUUUAUAAGGAAUUUAUUAAAAGUAAAAAAUAACAUAGAUUACAGAGAAAACAAGCAUAUAAAAUGUUUGGUAAAUACAAUUGGAUUAAGCUUUCAGUCACACUUGGCUGAACUACAGAGAUUUCAAACUGAAGAGAAAAUGUAUCAAGGCAAUCAAGUUGAGAAGUCUGUCAACAGUGGUUCCUCAGUUUCAUCACUUCAAAGAAUCCCUCCUAAUGUCAAAACCAACAUUUGUAAUAAAUAUGGAAACAUUUUUAUGUAUCCUUCAUUACCUACACAAUCCCAGAGAACACAGCUUAGAGGAAAACCUUACAGAUGUAAUGGCUGUUGGAAAGCCUUUAGCAAAACCUCAAACUUCAGUAAUCAUCAGAGAAUUCAUUCUGGACAGAGACCAUACAAGUGUAAUGAGUGUGGCAAAACCUUUAAACAGUACUCAGAUCUCACUAGACAUCCGAAUAUACACCCUGGAGAGAAACCACACAAAUGUAAUAUAUGUAACAAAGCAUUUAUCCAGAGUUCAAGUCUUGUGGAACAUCAAAGAAUUCAUACUGGAGAAAAACUUUACAAAUGUGCUAAAUGUGGUAAGGCUUUUACCAAACGUUGUAACCUCCGGGGCCAUGAGAGAAUACAUACUGGAGAGAAACCUUACAAAUGCAAUGAAUGUGGCAAAGCCUUUACCGACAGUUCAAACCUUAGUCGACAUAAGAAAAUCCAUAGUGGAGAGAAACCUUACAAAUGUAAUGAAUGUGGUAAAGCUUUUAAGUUAUUCUUACACCUCACUAGACAUCAGAAUAUACACCCUGGAGAGAAACCACACAAAUGUAAUGUAUGUGACAAGGCAUUUACCCAUAGUUCAAGUCUUGUGGAACAUCAAAGAAUUCACACUGGAGAAAAACCUUACAAAUGUGCUAAAUGUGGUAAGGCUUUUAUCAAACAUUGUCACCUCAGGGGCCAUGAGAGAAUUCAUACUGGAGAGAAACCUUACAAAUGCAAUGAAUGUGGCAAAGCCUUUACCCAGAGUUCAAACCUUACCAAACAUAAGAAAAUCCAUAUUGGAGGGAAACCCUACAAAUGUAAUGAAUGUCACAAAGCUUUUAAGCAAUGUUCACAUCUCACUAGACAUCAGAAUAUACACCCUGGAGAGAAACCACACAAAUGUAAUGUAUGUGACAAGACAUUUAUUCAGAGUUCAAGUCUUGUGGAACAUCAAAGAAUUCAUACUGGAGAAAAACCUUACAAAUGUGCUGAAUGUGGUAAGGCUUUUACCAAACGUUGUAACCUCCAGGGCCAUGAGAGAAUUCAUACUGGAGAGAAACCUUACAAAUGUGAUGAAUGUGGCAAAGCCUUUACUGAGAGUUCAAACCUUACUAAACAUAAAAAUCCAUACUGGAGAGAAACCUUACAAAUGUAAUGAAUGUGGCAAAGCUUUUAAAAAGUGCUCACACCUCACUAGACAUCAGAAUGUACAUCCUGGAGAGAAACCACACAAAUGUAAUGUAUGUGACAAGGCAUUUACCCAUGGUUCAAGUCUUGUGGAA